AUGGUCCGGUUUGAAACCGUGAAACCGGCCAAACCGGUCAUCGGUUUGGUUUUACGUUGCCACACCGGUGCACCACUCGUUUUCCCUCCGAGGCUCCGACUUGCAGGCCAACAGCUCGUCGCCUACCCUGCAGCAGCUCCGAUUCUACCUCUCAUUUCUCUAUCGUUGGCUACUUGGUUGGAUUGUUACUCCGAUAAGGCCUCCCCUGCAGCUCCGAUUGUUGCUCCGAUAAGGUCCUUACAUGUGCGUUUGAUUUUUUAUUUUCUUUCUGAAUUUUGCUUGCACUUUUUUAUUUCAGGUCCUUACAUGGAUACAGAUAACAUCAAUAUUCCAAGUAGUGAACUUGUGAACAUCAUUGAUGUUGAUGAUGAUAUGGAAGAGAUUGAUGUAGAUGAUGAUGUUCAUGUGGAGCAAAAUGGAGGUGCUACUGAUAAGAACCAAGGAAGGGGACGAAAUGCAAGCGCUUAUAUGCACACAAAAUUGGACUCGGAGUGUGUUUAA